GAUUCUCGUCGCAGUGCCGUGCGCGUGUGCGACGCGUGUGCGACGACGGAUGUUCUGAUUUGCUCCGCGGCACAGGUGCGGUUAUUCCACCCGUUCGAUCGCUUGCAAUCGCUCGCGGCAACGCGGUGCGGACCGAUCAGGAACGAUCGCGAGAGCGGCAGGUGGACGCGCGUGGUUAAACGCUUUUGCGAAACAGAAGAGUGCCGCUCUUUCGGUGGGAGUGGGAUAGCGACAGGGAGAGAGAAAGAGAGAGAGAGAGAGAGAGAGGAGAAUGGAAAGGCGAUCGAUUUUCGCGUAGUGUCCAACGCUCCGGAGAGCCCUUUCUCGCCGAUCAAUCGAAAGGCACACUGGAUCUGGAUCAGUAGAAUCCGCGAAAGCAUGUAAACAUCCGCUCGGACGAUACGACCAGAGAGAGAUACACGGACGGAGCAACGAACGUACCUUCGUCUCUCCUUCACAAAAUCGUGUGUGUUCGCCGCGCGCGUGCUCGACCGUAUGUCGGCAGUCAUCGAUUUUCCGGCGAUCGUGUGUGGCCGGUACGACUCGUCGCCGGUAAGAAUCCCCAAGUACGAGAGUAUGAAGAGGUGGAGCUAUCGCGCAGUCAAGGAAACCGCGUAAGAACGACGUGCGUUGCCAACGUACGUACGUGCGUGCGUGCGUGCAUGCGUGCGUGCGUGCGUGCGUACGCGCAGACGUCGCGGUGUUGUGUGGUGCCGCGAGGAAGCCGAGAGAAAGAGAGAAAGCGCGACGGUGAAAGAAGGAUCGAGCGAGCAAAAAGAGCAAGAGAGAGUUACUUGAAUACUGACGGCGCGCGUUCAACAUGGCUACCGCCGGCAGCAACGCGACGGCGAACGCCGGCAACGAGGCGAGCGGCACCAGCAACGUGCCGCAAUGGAAGCGGGAUCUGAUACAGCGUCGCCGUCAGCAGAGCAAGGUCCUCGCGAACAACGGCGCGAGCGUCAAAUUGUGCAGCGCGGUAAUAGGCACCUCGUCGUCGUCGUCGGUAACGUCAGCGAGCGCGACGACGCCCGACGCAGGCGUCGGCGCCGGCGUCGUCGCCGUCGCCAUCGAGCAGAGCGCAGCGACGGAGCAUCACGCGCUUCGUGCAACGCACUUAACGACGACCAACGAGGAUACCACGGUAACCACGGCUGCUGGUGGUAAUAGUGCUGCGUUGCUAUCCUCCCCCUCCUCCUGUCCCGCGAGAAGGCCGCCGUCCGGUGGCGCCACCACCGCCGCCGGCGGAGCAACGGCGGCGGCAACGGCCGUCGACUUCGCCUCACCACUACCAGUCGCGUACAACAUGCGUCUCGAGGCGGAUUUGUCGCUCUGCUCGGACGCGGAGGAUGUCGUGAACGGCGCGCCGGCUAAAUUCGCGGAAAUUUCGUCGGAACGGAAAUUGUCGGAUUACAACAUCGGCGAGGAGAACGAGGACGCGACCUCGAGAACGGCGGACGGCAAGCCGUUGAGAGCGAGGAUGAACGAGAGUAACGAGAGCAACGAGUCGUCGCAGCGCGACGAGAUUCGCGCCGUCUUGACCGGAAGACGCGGUAAGGAGAUGUUUUACGGUGGAAAUUUUAGAGUAUUGAAAAGUUUGCGCGUCGCACCAUCGAGUCGCGGCUCCAGCGAGGAAGCGGAGAGCGACAGUUCCGAGGAGCUGCAGUACGGACCGGGGAUCGUCAACAAGCUCAAGUGCAAGUACCUUAACCUCACUCUGCGCGAGACUAACAAGAGCCGCGCGUCGGUGCAGCGGUUUCGGCGCGCAGCCAGCCUCGAGGAUUUGUUGGACCGAGACGACGAGGAGUCCAGUCACGAAAAGAUCACUACCAGCAGGAAGUACGCGAAGCGAAGCGGCGGUAGUGGCGUCGUCACCGCCGCCUCCACCGUCGCCGUCGCCACCGCCGCCGCUGCCGCCGCCGCCGCCGCCGCCGCCGCCGUCGUUGAAAUAAAGACCGACAGGUACCGGAACGCCUCCCGGGGCAACGACUCGAUGAAGCGGGCGCGCAGCGUCGAGACUUUGAUGAGGUACAACAGCGUGACGGUUGACGAGGCGACGACUGCGCGUCAGGUUCUGGUUACUCGACCGGUAACGAACGGCGUCCGCCAGGAACCGGUCAACGACCACAUCAUUCUCGUCGACCGUACGUCCGUGAAGAUCGAGAGCCGUCUGUGUGAGCUCGACCGGCCCAAACCAGUCAACAAGCCCAAGAGGAUCAAACCGGUACUGGCGGAAACGGAACGACCGCCACCGGAUCUAGUCAAGACCACGAUGAGGAUCUUCGAGAGCUCCGCGAGGAAGCUCAAGCCCAAGGGCGAGGUCGCCGCGAAGGUCGCCACCUUCAAGACCAUCAACGACACGUUCAAGGCACAAACGCAGACGCAGAAGAAGCUGGCGCAGAAACCACCGUUGCAGCCGAAACCUUUCAUCAACGGCGGUGCUCGUUCCGCCGGUGGCAUCGGUUCCCCGAAAAAAAUCGUGCUACCGCACAAGCCGACCGCCGAACUGAUCGAGACGCAGGACGGCAAGGAGGAGUACCACAUAGACGGCGUCAUCACGGAACCAAUCGCGCAAUCGGUAUCCUCGGUAGUGAGCAAGUUCCAGCAGAUCGAAAAGUCGCACUCGCCCUCUCCGUCGCCGGAACCCUCGAGCUACAAGCUGAAAUUCUCUCCAGCGAACAGCCCGGAACCGCCACAGACGUGCAAACCGAAGUCCGCCACUCUGGAAAUCACCAUCAAGUCACCGCCUGUCACGCCGGUGCUCUCGCCGAGGAUCUUGUCGCCCAGACUCCCGUCCCCAAGCUCGCCGUCACCGGUCAAGGGUGACAAUAUCAGACAGGGCACGCAGAGUCCCUCCUCUCCCAUCAAGGACUUGAUCCGCAUCCAGAUCCCAAGUCCGCUUCACAAACCGCCGCUACCACCGAGCCCCGUCAAGGGAGAACCCUCGAAGACGGAGGCGGAAUCGAAAGCCGUUUGUCCGCAAAUCGACAAGGAGAUUCCUAGAACGAACGUCGAAAGUCCCAAGCAGGUACGCCUUCCAGAAUCGUCCAUCGAUGUGGAAUGGAGAGAAGACGUGAAAUCGAGCCGCGUCGCGGCAUUCAACGAUGGGGAGAAGAACGUCGACGAGGAGAUUGUUGACGGUCCGAGAACCAUCUCCAAGGUCGCCUUGGACAACAUCGGCAAGGCGGGAACGAUAAUGCAGUUCAAUUUUGGCGACAAGUCCACGAGCGACAAGAGUUAUUUACCGGGUGGUACGAAGCUGAAUGGUCAAAAGUCGGCGGACGAACCGAUGCCAGAGGAAGAUUAUUGCGUGAAGACGGAGUGUAAGAGCAAGGUAGGUGCACCUUCCAACAUUGCGACUUCCAAAGUAUCCUCGAGAUUGCAAGAAAGGCUCGAGCCUGAGGAGGAGAGCGACGACAAGGAUAUCGAGGAGAAGCUGAUCGUACCGGAGAAUAGACCUAUCGGCGCUAUUUGUAGCUUGGGCUUAAUCAAAACCGCGACGACAACGACGACGGCGACAUCACCGUCGACUACGUAUUCGCAGAGCAAUAACGAGGCGAAGACGAUACGAUGUCAGCAGAAAAGCGAGUUCUCGCCGCCGCAGAAGCAGAUCGGCAUCAUACGGCCGCUUGUCUCUACGAAGGCACAACAUCCGCAGCAGAAUCUGAGCAAUCGUGAGCUCGAGAAGAACCUGAUCAAUCGAGUCAAGAGCAUCGAACAGCCCACUAAAGUGGUGGUGAGUCUGAAGAGCGCCGACGAGAUACAACCCGCGAAGAAGACGAGUGCUGGAGGUGGCGGCGGUGGUCUCUGGGACACGAAACCAUGGAAUCAGCAGAACAACACGAUGGUAUUUAACUUCAGUAAUCGAAAGGACGUGCCGGAUUACAUAGAGAAUGACGGCCUCAUCAUUAGGAGAAAGCGGGAUAAGCCGAAGGUUGGUGAUGGUGGCAUUAUAAUGCUCGAUGCUACUUUAGAUGCCUCUACGACCGACGAUGCUGAGUGGGAAAUCUCUGGGGGUCCACCGUCGCCUUGCGACGUGUCGUUUCUCAACGACAAUGUUCUCAUCAAUGGGCGCAGCAACCUCUCGAGGACGCCACGAAAUCAUAAG